GCCGGAGCCCCGCAGCUGCGAGGGAGGAAGCGGCGCGGGGGCCGCUGGGGGCGAUGGCGGCCGGGCGGGCCGUGUCCCCGCCCCGCGGCGCUCUCCCCGCACCCGCCCGCCCUCCGCCGUCGCCGCCGCUGCUGCUGCCAUUGGGAGCCGAGCCGCGCCGAGCCCAGGCAGCCGCCGGUCCCGCUCUUCCGCCAUCGCCAUGAGCUUCUUGUUUGGCAGUCGCUCUUCCAAGACCUUCAAACCAAAGAAGAAUAUUCCUGAGGGGUCCCACCAGUACGAGCUGCUCAAACAUGCCGAGGCCACGCUGGGCAGCGGCAACCUGCGCAUGGCCGUGAUGCUUCCAGAGGGGGAGGACCUCAAUGAGUGGGUGGCAGUUAACACUGUUGACUUCUUCAACCAGAUCAACAUGCUCUAUGGAACCAUCACGGACUUCUGCACGGAGGAAAGCUGCCCUGUCAUGUCUGCUGGCCCCAAGUACGAGUACCACUGGGCAGAUGGCACCAACAUCAAGAAGCCCAUCAAGUGCUCCGCACCCAAGUACAUUGAUUACCUGAUGACCUGGGUCCAGGACCAGCUGGAUGAUGAAACGCUCUUUCCUUCCAAAAUAGGUGUACCAUUCCCAAAGAACUUCAUGUCAGUGGCCAAGACAAUUCUCAAGCGUCUGUUCAGAGUUUACGCCCACAUCUACCACCAGCACUUCGACCCGGUGAUCCAGCUGCAGGAGGAGGCACACCUUAACACUUCUUUCAAGCAUUUUAUAUUCUUUGUUCAGGAAUUCAACCUUAUUGAUAGAAGAGAACUUGCACCACUUCAAGAACUGAUUGAAAAACUCACCUCCAAGGACAGAUAAAAGGAAGAGGACUUCUUGGAGUCACUUGUUUCUUUAAGCGAGCGUGUGGUAUUUGUUUUUUGUUAAUUGUUUUUUUUUUAAAAAAAAACAACAAAACAACCCCCCUGUGCUGUUACCAGUGACAGCUGAGAUCUACUUUUCUGUGCUUUUAUUAGGGGAAAUCUUUUCUCUGUUAGUGAUAUGUGGUAAAUAGCUUUUUUUUUAAUUAAUAUUAUUUUACUGUUGUUAUUCAUUGUGGAA